AUGAUAUUCGCACCACUUUUCGGUUAUUUGGGUGAUCGAUAUGAAAGAAAAGUCAUAAUGAUUAUCGGUAUAACGUUAUGGUCAGCAACAACACUUGCUGGAUCAUUUAUUCCGUCAAAUUUUUUUAUUUUGUUUUUAAUUCUACGAGGUUUAGUGGGCGUUGGUGAAGCAUCCUAUGCUUGUGUAGCACCCACAAUUAUUGCCGAUAUGUAUAAAAAGGAUUCAAGAACAAAAAUGUUAGCAUUUUUUAAUGUUGCUGUGCCCGUGGGAUCUGGACUCGGCUAUAUUGUUGGAACAAAUGUGGCUCGUACAUUUAAUAAUUGGCAAUGGUCGCUGAGAGUAACACCGGUAUUGGGUGUAAUUUGCAUUGUUCUAUUGAUUCUGUUUGUUGAUGAACCAGUACGUGGUAUUACAGAAGGUGCACAAGUUCAAAAGGCAACAGACUGGAAAACAGAUAUUCAAAAAUUGAUAAAAAUUAGAAGUUAUGUACUAUCAACAUUAGCAUUUACUUGGGUAUCAUUUACAUUGGGAGCUUUGGCAUGGUGGGGACCAUUAUUCAUACAGUAUGGAAGUCAAGUAUCCACUGAGAAAGAAGAUAAAAAUAUUACAUUAUAUUUUGGUAUAAUUACGUGUACAGCUGGACUUCUUGGCGUAAUUAGUGGUACAGAAAUCGCUCGACACUGUCGUAAAAUAACAUCGCGUGCUGAUCCAAUUGUUUGUGGUGUUGCCAUAUUACUCUCUCUCCCAUUUUUAGUUGUGGCUUUAUUAUAUUCCAAUCGUUAUAUGAUAUCAACAUGGAUAUCUAUUUUUUUCAGCGAAGCACUUAUGUGUACAAAUUGGGCACUUAUUAACGAUAUUAUGUUAUAUGUUGUAAUUCCUACUCGUCGAUCAACAGCAAGUGCCCUACAACUAUUUAUAUUUCAUUUUCUUGGUGAUGCAGCCAGUCCAUAUAUUGUUGGUAUACUUAGUGAUUAUUCUCAUAAAUAUCAAGAAAAUUCAGUGAUGAAUUCAUCAUUAUUAAUGAAACGAAAUAUAACAGAAAGUGCUAUUCAAUGGGCAUCAUUACGCAAUGGAUUAAUGAUUACUGUGCCAAUAGCAGCUCUAAGUGCUAUUUGUUUUCUAAUAAGUUCAUUAUUUAUAAAACAAGAUAGACUAAAAGCAGAAGAAACAAUGAAAGUUGGAAAUAGUGAAGAUAGUACAGAAAAUAAAUAA